GAAAAGUGGUAGAAUUCGAAGGAAAGUAGUAGCGACAGAGGAGUAGUGUAUAGUGGAGCGGAAAGCGAAGGGGGCCUAUAUAUAUCGUAGGCGUGGGUCUCACUGCAGGGCGACGGAGAGGGGUUUAAAAGCAGCAUUGCUUGCUGCUUCUCUUGCUCCUUCAAAGUAGCUGCCGGGCGUUCAAGAGGCUGUCUUCCUCUUCGUCUUUGGCAGCAAGAAGCAGACCGGAGGGGGGAGAGAUGGAGAGGCCGAAGAAGAAGCAAGUGCUGCUCUUCCACUGUGAGGAGGCUGAAGAGUUGGCGCGCAAAGUUGCUGCUCAUUCUGGCCUCGUUAAGCUCCAAUGUAUUAACUGGAGGAGUUUUGAUGACGGGUUUCCAAAUCUUUUCAUAAAAAAUGCACAUGAUAUCCGAGGCCAGCAUGUUGCCUUUUUAGCAUCUUUCAGCUCAACAGCAGUCAUUUUUGAACAGCUUUCGGUCAUCUAUGCACUUCCAAUGCUAUUUGCUGCGUCUUUCACUGUGGUAUUGCCUUUCUUUCCAACUGGUUCGUUUGAACGAAUAGAGGAGGAAGGUGAUGUCGCAACUGCAUUUACCUUGGCUAGAAUGUUAUCCAACACUCCCAUCUCAAGGGGCGGUCCGACCAGUUUAGUUAUCUAUGAUAUACAUGCUUUGCAGGAAAGAUUUUAUUUCAGUGACACCAUUUUGCCUUUGUUUGUGACUGGGAUCCCACUUCUGAAACAACGUCUUCAACUACUUCCAGAGUCUGAUAAGGUAGUUAUUGCAUUUCCAGAUGAUGGAGCUUGGAAGCGAUUCCAUAAGCUGUUGGAUGAUUUUCCAGUGGUCAUCUGCAACAAGGUUCGUGAAGGGGAUAAAAGAAUAGUCAGGAUCAAGGAAGGGGAUCCUACGGGUUAUCAUGUUGUCAUUGUUGAUGACUUAGUACAAUCUGGUGGCACCUUAAUAGAAUGCCAGAAAGUGUUGGCAGCUCAUGGUGCAGCCAAGGUGAGUGCUUAUGUUACACACGGUGUGUUCCCAAAGAAGUCCUGGGAGCGGUUUCUUCACAAGAGCGAAGAAGUGGAGAAGGCAUUCGCCCACUUUUGGAUCACGGAUUCGUGCCCACAUACUGUGAAAGCCAUAGCCGGCAAAGCUCCCUUUCAGGUUCUGAGUCUUGCUGGUUCUAUAGCUGAUGCUCUUCAAAUCUGAGGAUUACAAGUGAACCAACAAUCAAUCAUAAUAAGAGUCUGUGGCUACAUGUAGCUAAAGUCUGUAUGUGAAGGACAAGUCACAUUCUUGUUGGCAAUUGCAGAGUCAAAAGUGAGCCAACCUAUAUUGUGAUCAAUAAACCUGUCAUGUUCAAUAAAGUUUGUCUUUGUCUUCCUCUCA